AUGGCUACAGACGAGAAGGACACUGCUGGUGUUCUCCAAGUCCCCCUUGCGGCUCCCAAUGCCGGCAGUGCUCCACCCGAGAAGCCUGUCCUCACCGCGGAUCAGCAAACCAAAUACAAUGGUCUUCUAGAGAAAGUCAAGACCUGGACAGAUGUCUCGGCGACCAAGGGCAAGGAAGGCCCCCUGACCGACAGCGAGAGGAUGUGGCUCACGAGAGAAUGUCUCCUGCGAUAUCUCAGAGCGACAAAGUGGAACCAGAAGGACUCCGAGAAGCGCAUUCUCGAGACCCUGACUUGGCGAAGAGAGUACGGGGUCGAGGAGCUGACGGCGGACCAUGUCGGACCUGAGAACGAGACCGGCAAGCAAAUCAUCGUGGGCUACGACAAGCAGGCCCGCCCUUGCCUCUACUUGAGCCCAGGCCGCCAGAACACCGACGUAUCACCACGACAGAACCAGCACCUGGUGUUCAUGCUCGAACGUGUCAUCGAGCUCAUGCCCGCUCACCAGGAGACUUUGAGUCUGCUAAUCAACUUCAAGUCGAGCAAGAACCGCUCCAACACCGCCCCCGGUAUCGGUCAAGGUCGGGAGGUACUGAACAUCCUCCAGACGCAUUACCCGGAGAGACUGGGACGAGCUAUGAUCAUCAAUGUUCCCUGGGUCGUGUGGGGUUUCUUCAAGCUGAUCACGCCUUUCAUUGACCCCCUGACGCGGGAGAAGCUGAAGUUCAACGAGGACAUGGCCCAAUACGUUCCCAAGGAACAGCUGUGGAGCGAAUUCACGGGCGGUGAACUGCAAUUUGAUUACGACCAUUCUGUCUACUGGCCAGCGUUGCAGAAGCUCUGCGCUGAACGACGUGCCGAGUGGACGCAAAGAUGGGAGGCUGGAGGCAAGCAGGUUGGCGAGACGGAGGAUUAUCUCAAAGGCCUUGUCCCAGAAGGACUGUCGCCGUCAACUCCAGCCCCUGCCGUGGUAGAAAAUGAGAGCAAGAUGGCAACUAAGGAAGCCUAG